ACUGCACCACCAACAGUUACAGUUCCGGUUCCACCUCGCAACAGCACCUUAGCCACAACGACGGCGGGAAGUUUUUAUUAUCAAUUUAACCACAAAACAGCAACAACUAACCGGACGAAACUGUAAACGGUCGACAUUUCACUAUUUUACAUUGAUGGAUCUGUAAUCGGAAACACGCUAACUGUACACUAAGCUUCACGGCGUGGGAUUCAGCUAACAUGGCUAACGUCGGAAACCAGCUACCAACACAGGCCGUUAGUAAGCCUGCACCAGGGAAACAUGGAAAUGUAUUGCCCCUGUGGGGCAACGAAAAGACUAUGAACCUCAACCCAAUGAUUCUCACAAAUGUGCUGUCUUCGCCGUAUUUCAAAGUCCAGCUUUAUGAAAUAAAGACCUACCACGAAGUCGUGGACGAAAUCUACUUCAAGGUGACUCACGCGGAGCCUUGGGAAAAAGGAAGCAGAAAGACCGCAGGCCAGACUGGAAUGUGCGGAGGGGUGCGCGGAGUCGGGACUGGUGGUAUUGUGUCUACUGCUUUCUGUCUUCUAUACAAGUUGUUUACUCUCAAGCUGACUCGCAAACAGCUGAUGGGUCUGAUCACUCACACAGACUCUCCAUACAUCAGGGCUCUCGGCUUCAUGUACAUAAGAUACACUCAGCCCCCAGCAGAUUUGAUAGAAUGGUACGACGGCUUCCUGGAUGAUGAGGAGGAGCUCGACGUAAAGGCAGGAGGCGGCUGUGUGAUGACCAUCGGAGAGAUGCUGCGCUCCUUCUUGACCAAACUUGAGUGGUUCUCCACUCUGUUCCCUCGUAUCCCAGUGCCUGUGCAGAAGAUUAUUGACCAGCAGAUGAAGGCCAGGCCUCGCAAGAUUGCGCUGAAGGAGACGCAGGAGGAGGAUGUUGCAGUGGCAGAGGCAGGGAGGCAAGGAGAACGGCGCCGCUCCAGGACGCCCAGACGGACACCAAGCCCCCGAAGGUCACCAAAGCGGUCAAGGAGCAGGAGCCACCACCGCGAGAAAGAGCGCCAUGGCCCCAGCUUUGACCGAGAGCUGGAGAGGGAGCGUGACCGCCAGAGGAAGGAGAGGGAGGGCAGGGACCGCGACAGAGAUAGGGAGAGAGGGGACCGAGGGGACAGGGAGAGACGGCGGUCCCGCAGCACUGACAGGAACCAAGACCGGCGAGAACGUAGAAGAAGCCACAGCGGCAGCCGGGACCGAAGGAACGAACGCAGAGACAAAGAAAGAGACGGCGGGGAUGACAGGAGCAGGAGGAAGGACAGGGAACACCAUAAAGAUAGAGGCGCCGAGAGGGAGAGGUCCAAGGAUAGAAAGAACAGGGGAGAGAUGGAUGACAGGAGGCACAAAGAUGACAGGGACAGGCACCGAGAAGAGAGGAAGGCCAAAAGGUCAAGCCGGAGUCGAAGCAGGGAGAGGAGGCACAAAAGCGGGGGAGAGGAGAAGAGCAGGAAAAGAGAGCGCAGCCACAGCAGAGAUAGAGACAGGGACAGAGAUGGAGAACAGCGUUCUCACAAACGUAGUGGUAGCAAAGAGAGGAGCCAUCAUCAGCGAGAGUCCAGUAAUGACCAUAGUAGACAUAGUGAACGCAGAAGGAGUCAGAGCACUGAGUAAAUGUCGCCUCCCAGCAAUAUUACUUCUUAUUCUCCUGUGUUUUUCUUCCUUUUUUUCUACCCAGUUGUCUGCUCUGUCACUUGUGCUAAAGAGAAGGAAUGUCAGCACAUUGGACAUCUGGAGUUGUUGUCUUUGGCCAAUGUAUUGUUGCUUUCCAUUUAUGUUUUUCUGCCUUUUUCACUCCCCCAUUAGCCCAUUGUUAGUCCUCACUUGAAAUUUGAAAAGUGACAAAACGGCAUUUUAAUUUUUUAUGGUGCGUUCGUUUCCCUUCAGCAAGAUGUGGGUUUGUAAAUAGCGUUCCACAGGCUGUCUACACACCAUGAAAGGUCUGAGUUGCAUUGCUUGCUGAGUCGGGUGCAGUCAGUGCCGAAAGCUCAGCUCAACAAACGUCAUAAUUUAUGUAAUUUAUACAGAAUUACUGUUAUUUUCAGGCGGUACAAAAGCCAAAACAUUUUAAAUUUUGACUAAUAUUACAGGGCAUAUGUCUGGAUUUUUCUUCAUAUUUAAUCUUCUUGGUGAGCUGUACUGUGAUGCUUUGAAGGUACACCAGCGGUGUGGCUCGGCACAAAGCAACUCUCUCCACGGUCCUGUGUAGACAGCCUGAGAAUGUUUUCAUCCUGUAAAGGGCAGUCCACAAAGGGUAAUUUUUUUACCACACACACUGAGCCCUGCCUGUGCUGUGUUUGGGUUAUUGCUCUGUUGCAGUUUGUUUUCUAAUAAAACACUUUUACAAA